AUGGCUGGUGUGUAUAGGCACGCAGACUUCUAUGAGACGCCCAUAGGUCGGUCUCUGUAUUCUGGUGGUGUCGGCAGCGGCUGCUGGGCCCCUGCCAGUCCCAUGCCCUCUGAUGGAAGACUCGAGCUCAACCAAUGGUUCAGGCCUUCAACAUGCACCCAGUCCAAUGGCUCGACCCCAAUCUGUCACAGCCCAUCACAGGGUCCUAACCCGCCUUUGGAGAAGGGAUGCCUCAAAGUGUGUGGCGCAGCGGGGUCUCACCCCUACCAGACUCUCCUGCGCAUAGACCACCAUGGCUACUCUGUGUCCAGGAUGGUGCUCGCUCUGUGUGCUGCUGGGCGGCAGAUCCUUACGGCUCUGAUGCUGCUGCUGUGCGUCGGCCUGGGUGCAACCUCCUCCAUCGUGAACAUGCGUAGAGUCACCCACCCUACAGUACGAGAAACUCUGGCUGGCAGAGCCCUCCUCCCCUGUGUCUUCACCCUACAGGCCAGCUCCACCGGCCAGCCUCCCCACAUCUUGUGGACUCUCCUCAGGCAACCAGCAGGGGCACCGAGGGGACCUGUGGAGCAGACUGUGCUCUCUGCGAGGGGUGAUGUAAUCAAGGUGAAUAAGGCUUUCAUUGGCCGCGUCAGAAUGCCAGGAUACACUGCCAAUCCUCUGAAUGCUACCAUGGAGAUUCACGGUCUCCGUACCAACGACUCGGGCACCUACCACUGUCAGGUUGUCAUGGGUAACAACUAUGAGAGAGACGUCGUGCCCCUGGUGGUUUCUGGUGUGGUGUUCCACUACCAGGCACCCAGCACCCGUUAUGCUCUUUCGUUCGCUGACGCCCAGAGGGCCUGCCAGGACAACUUGGCUCAAAUUGCCACGCCAGUGCAGCUGUGGGCAGCGUACUAUGACGGCUUUGCCAGCUGUGCGGCCGGUUGGUUAGAAGACCAAACAGUCCGCUAUUCUGUCCAGUUGCCAGAGCUUGGUUGCUAUGGACACAAGGAGUACUCUGCUGGCGUGAGGAACUAUGGGAAGAGGGACCCAAAUGAGCUGUUUGAUGUGUACUGUUAUGCAAGAGAAUUGGAUGGUGAGGUUUUCCACACUUCAGUCCCAGGGCGGCUGUCUCUGUCUUCAGCCUCAGACCGCUGUGUGUCCCUGGGGGGCCAGCUGGCCACAGUGGGGCAACUUUAUCUGGCGUGGAAGGCCGGUCUGGACAGCUGCGCCCCAGGCUGGCUCUCUGAUGGCAGCGUCCGCUAUCCUGUUACGUGGCCUCGCCCUGACUGUGGAGGGGACCGGCCAGGAAUCCGCACCAUCACCCCCACCAGCGCCCCUGACAACACCACAGCACUCUAUGAUGCUUACUGCUACAGAGGAAAUGUGAAGAAGACGAGUUCCAUCUCUAAGAUCUACACCUCCCUCUGGAAGCCCUGGAGCUACCUGGCGGGUUCAAGUAAUGCUGACUCCCCCGGGACAGAUAGUCCCAGCCUCGCUACAGAAAAUACAAAAUCUGUUUUUAUUCACACAGAUAAGCCAUUCUUGGAUGGCCGUGACCUUUCACCUUCUAACUGGACAGGACUGGUUGAUUUGGAGGAGGAGGCCACACCGCACAAUGCCUCAGACCCCUGGUCCUCAGAGUCUUCAGGCAUGUACGUGACCCUUCAGCGAAUCCCAGGACAGCUGUCCUUUGACUGGGGAGAGCCACUGGAGCCUGGGCCUAAUUCACAAGAGUUUCUUAGACCUCCAGUCCCUGCCACCACCAACCCUCCUCCCACUCCUACUGAGAAGAAGGUGAUCUCAAAGAUUGUCAAAUCCAUCUGGAAGCCGUGGAACUACCUGGCGGGGGAGGGUGAUGAGGAAGGAACACCGGGACCAAGUGAACAGGACAGGAAGGAGGAGACAGCCACCAAGGGCAGCCAGACGGAUACAGGAUCAGAUCCCCUCAGCACACCAGCUCCAGGUUUGUUUUCCUGGGGACGUUCAUGGUUCACGGGUCCCUCAAGGGGAAAUGCUGCAUCAGUGAGUGAAGAAUCACCCACUGGUCAGUCAACCACUCUGCCAGCCUCCACUGAACACCCCACGACUACAGAAAGCAAUCACAGCUCAGUGAAGCCAGAGAUCCAGACCUCCGCCACCUCCACCCCUGCAGUAGAAACCACCUCAUCCAGCGGGGGAACCUGGGUCCGUGUUGUGCCCUCAAAAGCGGAGACCACAACCCAGCUGAGUGACAAGAGGGAGGAGACGGUGACCUCUAGGGCUAGUGGUAGAGGAGGUAGAGGAAGGGGAAGGAAGAGGGGAGAAGACAGAGGGAGAGGAGAGGACAAGGGCAGAGAGGAGAGGGGGAAAGGAGAGGAGAAAGGGAAAGGAGAAGAGGAGGGGAGUGGCGAGCUUGGUGGUGUGGAAGCAAAAGGGGAGAUCCAGUUCACUCGUCGACCAGUUGGAACAAGUAAACCAAGAGAAAGAAACAGAGAAAGAUCCAGAGAGAGGGGUCAUCGGAGAGGCCAGUCCACGACUACCACCACUACCACCACCAGUCCUUCCCAGUCUACAUUUAUACCCGUAACUGGGUCAGACAGCACAAACCUGUCCUUACCCACUUCACCAUCUCCUACCCCAUCACCAAGCCCAUCAACAUCUCUAUUACCAAACACAUCCCAAAACGUUUCCUCUCCAGAAACUCCAUCACCUUCACCCUCCCCAUCACCAUCCCCCACAGCAUCCCUGUCCAACUCUUCAUCCCCGCUCCCUUCUUCUCCAUCCCCAUCUCCAACCCAAUCCUUGUUUGAAUCCCCAUCCCCGCCCCAAUCCACAUCCCAAUCCCAUUCUCAGUCUCCUUCGCCAUCCCCUUCAUCAUCUCCCUCAUCGUUCCCAUCCCCAUCCCUAUCGUUUUCACCAUCUCCACCUCCAUCUCAUACCCAGACUUUGGGAUCAGGGUAUCCAGCUCCACCCCCACGGUCAGACAGCCAGCCCGUCUCCAGGGACGUCCUCCCGUCGCUUCAGUGGGUCCCAGUGGAGAGAGCAGUUGUGCGAGGAGCUGUGGAGCACGCAAAGGGGCCUCCGGAUUCUCCUCCAUCACCCUCCGGCCCCCCAGAGGAGGAGGAGCCUGCUUGGUCUCAUUCUGUGGGCUCAGGGGCUCUGUUACCUGGCAACAUGGAGGACGAGGGCAGCAGAGGAGGAUUCAACCUCAGCAACAUGACUCUUGGCCCAGCAGCUGAGGCGGAGCCCUGCGUGACUAACCCGUGUCUGCAUGGGGGAAAGUGCCUUCCUCAGGGAAAAGGCUACAGCUGCUACUGCCCACAAGGAUACACUGGGGAGAACUGUGAGAUUGAUGUUGACGACUGCCAGUCCGACCCAUGUGAAAAUGGAGGCACUUGCAUCGACAAGAUUGAUUCGUUCCUCUGUCUUUGCCUGCCCAGCUAUGGAGGCGACAUGUGUGAGAAAGACAUUGAAGGUUGUGAGCAUGGCUGGAGGAAGUUUCACGGCCACUGCUACAGAUACUUCACACACAGACACACCUGGGAGGACGCAGAGAAAGACUGCAGAGAGCACAGUGCCCACCUCAGUAGUGUCACCUCCGCCAUCGAACAGGAGUUCAUCAAUGGUCUGGGUCACGACAACGCCUGGAUCGGCCUGAAUGACCGCACAGUGGAGGAAGACUUCCAGUGGACCGACAGUAAUGAACUGGUCUACGAGAACUGGAGGGAGAGCCAGCCAGACAACUUCUUUGCAGGCGGGGAGGACUGUGUAGUGACCAUUGCCCAUGAGGACGGCAAGUGGAACGACGUGCCCUGCAACUACAACCUGCCCUACAUCUGCAAGAAAGGCACAGUGUUAUGUGGGACCCCGCCUGCAGUGGAGAACGCCCAUUUGAUAGGCCGGCGGAGGUCACACUACGAUAUCCAUGCGGUGGUGCGUUACCAGUGCUCUGAGGGUUUCUACCAGCGCCACAUCCCCACUGCACGCUGCCGGGCUGAUGGCAGCUGGGAGCGCCCCAAGAUCAUCUGCACAAAGUCCCGGCGAUCCCACCGGUACCGACGCCACCACCAUCAGCACCGUGAGCGCCGAAACCACAGGAGACACGGAGGAGAGGGACACAGGGCCAGAGAGGACACACACAGCCACUACUGAACCAAAUAAUACCAUGUUCGCAAUGCCUGGGUGCUAACCACGGCCCAUAAAGAAAGACAAUAGUUCACAUCAGUACCAUUCUCAUCCUCUUUUCUGCUUUCUUCCCAUUCUCAGUUUAGGCUUAUUCCUGUCGUUGAAUAAUUUACUCCAGUUCUAACAUUUAUCUCCAUAACCCCAUCACUGAUCUCUGGUGUUUUGGGGCUUUUUUUGUUGCUGUUGUUGUUUUUGUAUUUUAACUCCUGUCUCCUUCCCCCAGGUCCAUGUGAACACUAACUCUUUGUCUUAUUAACAUGGUCUGUAACAUCUCGGUAAAUCCUCAAACUGUCUAUUAAUAACCUCUCUCGAUCUGAGAGACCGUGUGUGUGUGAGUGUAUGCAUGUAAGAGAGGAAAUUAGAGAAACCUGAGUCACUUUUUUUUUUUUUAAGUUUGCUUGUUCUACAUGGAAAAUUAUACUCAUCUUAGUAUUCUGUUUACAAAGCACAGAUGUAAUUGAUGCAAGAUAGCUUUCAGUCCCUGAUAACCCUGAGCUUUUUUGUAUGUGUACUGUAACUGUUACUUAUUCCAUAGAAGAACUGAAUAGCUGCUCUGUUUUAUUCUACAUACAUGCUUUUUUCUAAUAUAUGCUAUGUUUUUGUGUAAUGUUACUAUUUAUUAUGAGCCAUUUGCUAGUGAGUAUGCUUUCUUUUUUACUUCUAAUUCAGACAGCCAAUGUAACAUCCUUUUUCUAUACCGGUGUACCAUUCCUACAAUCAAUCAGUAACAGCAUUAAUUCUUGAUUGCCUCUAAUCACUGUACUGUAAAUAUUGUAACGUUUGUCAUUGGCUGAUCCUUGAUUAGUAGCUGGACAUUGUCCAAUCAAAUAGUUCCCCAUCAUCAUAAGCAUUCUGAGCUAAUGAACAUGUCCCAUUGACCUGCAGUAGAUUGUGUGGAUGGGAUUAUACAAGACUUUCCCGAGAUAACUGCUUGAUUGUAUCUGAAUUGCUAAAUACUCUCAAUCUUUGCACGGCUAUAUUCACGUGAUGGGUAGAAUGUCACAGCCUUUGUCCUUGAUCCCUUUGAUAUUUGAUCAACCAUCCACUUUUUUGGUGUUCUUAAGACUUUUUGUCCUGCUGUUGUGUUCCAUUCUUAAUAAAGUGAAA